UGCAUGAUACAAAUUUUAGUGAGUUCAUAAAUUUCACAUGAAGCGGUUGUGUUUUUCAAGUUCAUAGUUCAAGAAAUGGCGUUCUCGGUUGUUCAAACCAGAAAAACUAAAAAAAGCAAGCCAACUCUUACAAUUGUUCCAGCAAAAUGGGUGGAUAACGAAAUUGUUUUGUGGCCACCGUCUAAUUUCAUUUCGCUGUCGACCGAUGUAAACAGUACUCCGGAUGUUUGUUCUUGGUUGACACAACCAUGCAAGACUGUCGGCCGGGCAAAAACUUACCGAGAAGCCGAAGAUAUCGUGAACAAACUCGAAAUGUUAACCGACUCUGAGGACGCCGUGGAAAUGACAAAAGGAACACGAGGAAAACCAGCCAAAAAAAAGGCCAAAUUUCAGUCAAAAUGUUACAGUUUGGCACCGCCUCAAAUGAAGACAAUUAUGACUGAAAAUUGUCCUCCCAGUAUUGCACAUCCAUCAUUGGGAGCUGUUUCUUCGGUGGCCACUGUCCCAAACUUUGUUUCGGUUAAUCACUCACCGACUCCCCUCUCGGCAGGGAAUAAUGACACUGUAGCACUUAUCAAUUCAACUAGUGCGCUUAAAAAACAUCUUAAAAUGGGUGGAACAGCGGUUAUGCACAAAACAUUCAAUCGGGUUGACACCGAUCGUACACUGCUUCCACAGCAAGUUACACAUCAAUCGAUUCAGCUCGCCAGUUCAAAUUCCUCAGUUCCUCAAAAUACAACUUCCGUUCUGAAUGAUCACCAAAGUACUCACCAAGAAAAUGCAUCGCCAAUAAUAACAGAGCGAUUGCCUUAUUCGCCAAACGAAAUGCCAUUUGAACAGGAACAAGAUGAUCCCGGCUUGCCUGGCCAACAGCUGUUAUCGGUACACACUAAUGAGGUGACUAAUAUCGACACUAAUAUGGCUCAGCAGACGAACAUUGUGUGUAGUGAUGAUGGGCGGAAAUAUUUUGUAUUGGGAAACGGUUGCUACAUGGAGAUGCAUGAACAAUCAGACGUUGUCGAUCCACAUGCUCCCGCCAGUCCAGACAUCGACUUGGAAUGUGGUGGAGUUUCCGAUCCGAAGUUAGAGACGAACGAGAAAAAAGGGUCUGACAAUACUACCAGAGAGAUCAUGGUUAAGCUGCAAAAUAUCCAUGCCAGGCUCGACAGAAUUGAAGCACGAUUGGAUAGAAUCUUCCUAUUCAUGGCAAAUUUUGAGAAGCUCAUGUCUGCGAAAAACUCAACGCCGCCACCUACAGAGAAAGGGCGCAAAACAGAAGAUUUUGGUGAAUACAUGAAGCUAUGUCCAGUGACAAGUGAACAAGAAUUGCUGAUUGUGGAGAACAAUUUGAAAAAUCAAGAUUAUUCUGACAAAUUCUUUCGAUUUUUCCACGGUGAGUACAAUCUGAACGGCAAGCGUGAGGGAAAGUCUUUCUUCAAAACGGCGGUUCGGAGAAUGAUUGUACCAACAGUGUUGACACCUUUCUCAUGGAAGGGAAAGUCCCGGAAGUCAAAUGACACUGAGGAGUUCAUACCCAACCGUAAUUUUAAAAAUACGUUUCCGUGCUUGGUGCAGUUUGUACAUCGAGUUGUGAAUGCCGCCGACAUGGACCAUACAGCAGAAGAUACUGCAACGUGCUUCAGUACUUUCUUGCGACAGAAGAACGUGGAAAUUCAGCGCUUCAUGAUGGGGUCUCAGAGUAAGCAGAACGCCUGUACGCGUAAACGGAAAACUGGUGCGAAAACAUGUGAGGCACCGAACCUUAAGCAAGAACAAGAGGAAUACAUAGUGGAGGAAUUUUUGGACGACGAUGUCGCUGAAGAAGUUGUAUACGAAGAAUUUUAACGUGAUGAAUUGUCAUGGAGGGAAAUGUUUUCUUUAAGUUUUUCCAUUGAUGUUGUAUGCGUAUAGAUUUAAGUUACAAAUUUGAAACAAUGUUUUGUUUUUUUUUCCUUUUUAUUUUAUUAUCUCACUUGUAGAGCAGCUGCUUAUAUUUUUAUAAUAAAGUAUGAAUCAGAGGCAAUAACACAGACUUUGGUAAUUUAUUAUCCUGACAGUCAAUUUUUACCAUUUUGCAUAAAA